AUGCUUGUGCUCGGUUCCACUCUGUUUUUGGAUUUCCCGGGUAGGCACCACCAAGAGCUUCAGGAGAGUCGGCCAACGAGCCUCUCUGCGAGGCACAGGUUUUCCAAAGAUCACAUCCAAGACGGCGAUCCAGAGGGGCGGAACAGGUUGAGGCAGGCGAUCGAGGAUCUUGCCCGAAAUCCUGGCGUGGCCAGCGAGCGCGGGCUUUUCUCCGACCUGCUCAAGGAAUGCGGCAAUGCGGGGGCGAUCGCGGAGGGCCGGCGCGUCCACUCAAUCGCGGCGAGCUGCGGCCUGGACAGGGAUCGGUACGUGGGCAGCUUCUUGAUCCAGAUGUAUGGCAGAUGCGGCAGCGUCGUCGACGCGCGAGCGGUCUUCGACAAUCUCCUCGCCAAGAAUCUCUUCUCCUGGACCAUCCUGAUCGGCGCCUACGCGCAGAAUGGCUGCGGCAGCGAGGCCAUCGCCGCGUUCCGGGCCAUGGACUGCGAGGGUAUCCAUCCGGACGAGAUCACGCUGCUCAAUGUCCUCGGCGCCUGCUCGAUCUCUGGAAAUCUCGCGGCUGGCAAGCUGCUCCACGCAAGGAUCUCGUCCCAGGGCUACGACCGGGAUCACGUCAUCGUCUCGGCGCUGAUCAACAUGUAUGGCAAGUGCAAACGGCUCGAUCAAGCGCGAGAGCUUUUCACAAAGGCGAACAAGAGAGAUCCGGUGGCCUGGAACUCGAUGAUCGCGGCAUAUGCCCAGAACGGGCAUCCAGCCCAGGCGGUGGAGCUCUACACAGAGAUGGAGAUCCGAGGCGUGGAGAGGAACAAGGUGACGUAUGUGACAGUGCUCAGUGGUUUUACCACUCCAGGAUCGCUGGAAGAGGGGAGAAGAGUUCACUCUCGGGUGGCGGGUGCCGGUUUGGAGGUCGAUGUGAUCGUUGGCACUGCGCUGGUGAACAUGUAUGGCAAAUGCCAGAGCGUGGAGGAGGCCCGAGCAGCGUUUGAGAAAAUCUCUCGGCCCAACGUCGUGUCCUGGAGUGCGAUGCUUGCCGCGUAUGCCCAGAACGGGCAUGCGAGGAUGGCGCUGGAGCUCUACCGGGAGAUGGGCUCCGCGAGGAAGGGGAUGGCUCCAAACCGGGUGACGUUCAUCACCCUGCUCGAUGCUUGCUCGUUUCUGGGAGCUCUCGCGGAAGGGAGGAAGAUCCACGCCGCCGUCGCCGAGAGGGGCUUCGACACGGACUUGGUCGUGUGCAAUGCGCUGGUGAACUUCUACGGGAGGUGUGGCUCACUGGGCGAUGCCAAGAUCGUGUUUGACGGCAUGAGGAGGAGGGACGUCAUCUCGUGGUCGUCGAUGAUCUCGGCUUUUGCUCAGCGCGGUCGCGUGGACGAGGCAAUGGAGCUUUACCACCGGAUGCUUAGCGAAGGAACUCUCCCCGACGAUAUCAUCUUCAUCAGCGUUCUCUUCGCGUGCAGCAACUCGGGGGUGGUGGAGGCCUCGGGGGAUUUCUUUCGGUCGAUUGUUGGAGACACUCAGGUUGAGCCGACGCUGGAGCACUACGCGUGCAUGGUGGACGUUCUUGGCCGGGCUGGGAAGCUCCGCGAUGCCGAGGAUUUGCUCCGGCUCAUGCCAUUCCAUCCGGGGCCGCUGCUCUACAUGACGAUGCUCAGCGCUUGCAAGCUGUACACGGAUGUGGAGAGAGGAGAGGCCGCUGCCGAGGUGGUCUUCGAGCUUGACCCCGAGAAUUCGUCUCCAUACAUCACGCUUGCCAACAUCUACUCGGCGGCUAAACGGCCCAAGGACGCGGCCAGGAUCCGGAAGCUUAUGGAGGAGCGGGGAAUAAAAAAGAAGCCUGGAUGCAGUUGGAUAGAGGUCUUGGAUCGAGUGCACGAGUUCAUCGCCGGAGACAAGAUGCAUCCGCAGAGAGACGAAAUUUACGCGGAGAUCCAGCGGCUGGGCAGGCAAAUGAAGGAAGCAGGGUACUUCCAAGACACCAAAGUGGUGCUCCAGGAUGUCGAGGAGGACGAGAAGGAGAACUUGCUUUGGUACCACAGCGAGAAGCUGGCGAUUGCAUUUGGGCUCAUCAGCACCCCUCCAGGCGCUCCACUGCGGAUCGUCAAAAACUUGCGGGUGUGCUCGGACUGCCAUGCCGCUACCAAGGUCAUCUCCAAGGUCACUGGGCGAGAGAUCUUGGUCCGGGACACAAACCGGUUCCAUCACUUUCUGGAUGGCAUGUGUUCGUGUAACGAUUAUUGGUGAUAUAUACGAAACACUGUAAAUGAGAAACUUCAUUAAUUUCUAAAGCUAGUGUCCGAA